AUAUAUAUAUAUAUAUAUAUAUAUUGUGACGGAUCAGUGGCCCUCCCCCUCAUUAUCAUCACCACCCCGUCCCUUAUUCGCCGCCCUUCACCAGGCUCCCGACUGGAGUGGGUGGAUGAGAGGAGGGGCGUGGGAUCAACGCGGGCUGGCGGCGUGUGAUGAGGCACAGCUGGACUGAAUGAAGCCUCAUCACCGCCGCUGUUAAAUGCCCAGCGCGCCUCUCCUCGAGAGACCGGUCUCUUCCCCCGUGCAUGCACGCUGGUGUCCUCGUGGGUCCAGGAAGGGUGCGUAGAGGGACAUCGCGCCACCGAAGACGUGAGCUGCCGAACCCGCGGUCCGGACGAAAGCCGCACCCGUAUUACGGCCGUCGGACCAGGAUGUCGGGCCGUACAAGUCCUGCCAAAGGCCGUGGACGACGUGUAAGAGCCGCCGCUGUGAUGAAGCCGCCGCCCUCGCGCCCCGGACCCGAGUGGGAGCGCGUGCGGCCGCCGGACUCCGCCCCUUCCCUGGACCCUUCCCCUCCUGGAACACUGCCCUCCUGCACAAGCCCCGCAGCACGACGAGGACACCAGACCCCCUGUUUAUUUUGGACACUUCUUUCCCUGGACACUUUAUUUUGUUAAUAAAAGCCUCUCCGAGGCCUGACGCCACACCCACUGUGUCUGUCGUUGGCUCCUCCCGUCACAAUAUAUAUGUGUGUGUGCGUGCAAACUUUUAUAUUUUAACGCCUCAUGGAAAAGGUAACUUUAGCUGCAUUAGCUACCCUUAACGUUAAACCACAAUAUUGCAGAAUUUGUUUUGCCUCCCAAAAAUUUGAGAAAUGGUGGAUUCGCAGUAAUGGGUCUACAAGCAUCCCAGAAAUCUUGAAGGAGUUCCCCAGGCUUCUAGAAAAACUUGGCAUGAUGCUAAAAGGAAGAGUGCUUUCAAAGUCCUGCCCGCUCUGCUUCCCCAAUCAAUAUUCAAGAACGGAGGAAAGGUCUUCAGACCCACAACCACAGAAUCCUGGAAGUCAUUCAUUUGACGUACAACCUGUGGGGACCAACACGGUGAUGCAGUCCUGUGCAUUUUGUGCCUUGGUGACGAGACAGCGACAUCCCACACCUUCGCCAUUGUUUCAGGCCACGCCGUUGAAACGAGAUGCUCCAGUGCCCGUCAUCACAGUGUACCAGCAGAUGGAGGACAGAGAGCAUGUGAUCGUCAUGUGUUCGUUUGGAAGAAGGUUUAUUGAGAGCUCUUUCCAGCUGUCAGUGGACUAUGAACAGAACUACACCCUGAAGAACCCAGCAUGCAUUACACAUGAAGUGUGUGUGUUUAACAUCACUGUGAGGCCUCCUGUUUCCCUGACAUGUAUACAUGAGAUCAUUACCUUUGGAAAUGAAAGUUAUCUGCUGAGUGAGACCUACGUCUUAGAGAAUCAUGAUGGAGUAUCUUCAUUCUACAUUGGCUUUUUCUCCUUCGUUGUUGUUGGUGUCAUUGUAAUGACUGCUGCAGUGAUUGUGACCAUCAUUAGAAGCAAUGCACAAGAUUCCAAUAAUGACUAUGUGGAUGUCUGAAUAAUAUAUAGCGGAUUACUGAUUAUGUAAAACAGACAUAAAGGAUGAUCUGAUCUGGAGGGGGGCAGCUUCUCAUCUUCCUAAAACAAAUAAAAUGUCAUUUACAC